GCGCAGACAGUCUCAGCUGCUCACAGAUUGUGUCGAUGGGUUUGUUCAUCCACACAGGCGCCGUGUAAACAGCUCCUUGUUGAAAUGGACAUUUUAAGAGAUAAUGAAGCACAGGAGCUGAAAUAUAAACCCGGAGGCCGUUUGGACAUGAGUCACGGUUUUCUGCAUCAUAUUCGGAGGAACCAGAUCGCCAGAGAUGACUAUGAUAGAGAGGUGAAACAAGCCAAAGAGCUUCAGCGGCGCCGACACACUACAAUACCCCGACGCCCGCGGCGCCCAGACAUACAAGUGUACCAUCCUCGCCGACGAUGUGGAUCCGAGCCAGGGGCCGGCGCUGAGGCUGAAGAGUGGAACGAGAGCGGCUCGAGCACAGAGACUGAAACCCAGGGAGCUGAGCUUUUCUGGCUUGACUACCAGGCAGACUCUGGUACCAUUACCUCCUUCCUCGUGCACAAGGAGGACAAACCUGAGAAGGUGGUGGAGCAAGUCGCAGAAAAGAACAUCCUGGAUUUGGACAUGAGGGCAGCUCUGGAAACCCGGAUUCGAAAGGAAAUGGACCAAAGACGGGACAAGUCCUGAUGGAGUCUCAAAA